GUUUGGGAGCAGGGAGCUGUGGGCCAGGAUCAGCGAGGCUGCGGCUCCAGCUAAAAACGGAAGUGUCUGGUCCCAGAGGAAUUUUGCCCUGUGUGUCCUGAGUCCAGAAGGCAGGUCGCCUGGAGCAGAAAAGUUGGUCCUGAGGCUCAAGUUGCUGGUGGGGGGCUGCUUUUGAGCUCUCUGUGAGGGCGGCAACCAGGUGGGCCUGUGCAGCCUUUUCCUGGAGCCCCCGUGUACCGGGGUCCCAGAUGGCGUUAGGUGUUUUCCUCUGGAGUCAGAAAUGUGGGCAGAGCAUAGUCUCUUCUGGCCUCCCAGGUAUGUGUCUCCCCUCUGAAUGUUUAGCUCUCCCUCCCAUGGGAUUUGGGUGCAGAGAGCUAUUGAUCAGGUCUGGGUGGUGUUCUGGACCUCGGGGGACCUGCCACUCCAGUGCCCCUGUCUUCCGAUUCCCAGAGGCCCUAUACAGUUUUCUCUUUGGCCAGGGAUGUGGUCAGGGAUGGGCAGUAUUGGUGGUCUCUCCCGCUCUGCAGUCUCAGGAGUGCCCACCUGUCCGGGCAGUGAGCUCUCUCUCCCAAGGGGUUUGGGAGCAGGGAGCUGUGGGCCAGGAUCAGCAAGGUUUGGGCUCCAGCUAAAACUGGGAAGUGUCCGGUCCCAGAGGAAUUUUGCCUCUGUGUGUCCUGAGUCUGCCAGGCAGGUCGCUUGUUGCAGAAAAAGGGGGCUUAUUUUCUAUAAUUUCAUUUUCUUCUGGGAUAAUGAAAAUUUAAUAUUUAGGUUUUUCACAUAUAUGAAACCAUUAAAUUUUUACUGGAUUUUCUAUUUCUACUGUGAGACAUACAGUUUUCAAGGACUAUAUACAUACAGGUCUUAAGAAGAAUAUAUUGAAAAUGAUUCUCAAAAAGUAUAGUGAUGGCUAAUUUGUACAUUGGAUGGAUUUGUGUGCUAUUAUAUUAGUGUGGAAGGAAGGUCCCAUGUGUCAUAGAAGGUGCAUUUCAGAGAUGGUCACUGUUCCAGAAAAAAGCUUGUGAAUGUGGAUAUGGAAUUAUGUGGAUUCUGAUAUCACUGAGCAAUAUAUGGAAGAGAAGAAUUUGGAGAAGAAUAAAAUUAUAAGGGAUUCACUGUCUUGAAUCAAUAGUAAAUAUAUUAGCUCUUUAGAGGCACAGGGAGCUAUAUGUGUCUUUAUUUUGCAGUAGCAUAAUAGAUGUGUUUGUGAGGAAAUGCAGAAUUCAGUAUGCAAAUUUUCUUGGCAUUUUAUGUCACAUGGUGAUUAUGAGUGUCUAUAUACAUGAAAUCUUUUUGUUCCAUAGAGCUUCCAAGACACAUACUGCCCAGUAUGGUGCUGUGUGGUAAAUUCUCAAUAUAGAAAUUGUUAUUUCCCUUUGUCUUUUGUUCUGCAUUUCAAAGUAGUAUAAGUCCUAUGUUCUAUUUUUUCCCAAUUUAGUAUAUUAGUAAAACUUUUCUGGGGCGUAUAGCGUGGUGUUGUACAUGAUAUAUAAAUUUUCAAUCCUAAAUAAAUGUCCUUUCUAAUUUGUUUUCUUCUUUUCUUUAGAAGGUAGAGUGCUUUAUCUACUCUUUGUUUCCUGUUCUACGAACUAUGUUUCACAUAGUGACAUACUGAAGGGAUGUGAGGAUGGUUCUACAUUGCUUUAUUUAUUGGUUAUUGUAUUUAUUUACAUUCAAAAUGUUCUCCCAAUUACCAGGUCCCUUUCUUCAAAUCUCCUAUUCCCUGCUCCCUUCCCCCUUCAUGUAUGAGGAUAGUCCCCCAGUCCUGGAACCAUUGCUGCCUGAAUACCCUAGCAUCCUCCUACGCUGUAACAUUGAGCCUCCUCAUGGUCCUCAACUCACUUUGAAGCCAGAUAGGAAAAUCUUCUGCUACACUUGCUGCUGGGGACUUGGGUCCCUCUGGUUAUACUAUUUCAUUGCUAGUUUAGUUCCUGGGAGCUCAGGGUAUCUGGUUAGUUGAUACUGUUGUUCUACUUAUGGGUUGCAUUCUCCUUUAACUACUUCAGUCCUUUGACUAACUCUUCCAUUUGAGCAUCAGAUCCACAUCUACAUUGGUCAGACACUGUCAGAGCCUCUCAGUGCAUAGCUGUACCAGGUUCCUCACAGCAAGGGUUUCUUAACAUCAGCAAUACUGUUUGGGUUUAAUGCCUAGAGAUGGGAUGAAUCCCUAGGUGAGUAGUCUCUGAAUGGCCUUUUCUUCAGUGUCUGUUCCACUCUUUAUCCUUGCUUUUCAUUUGACAGGAACUAAUCUGGGUUGAUAUUUUAGAGAUGGGUAGGUGUCACCAUCCUUGAACUGGGAGCUGAUCCUAUCCAGUGGAUAUGGUUACUACAGGUUCUUUUCCUGCUUUGUUGUGUAUUUCAGCUAACAACAUCUGUGUUGUGUCCUGGGAACCCCUUGCUUUUCAGGUAUCUGGAGCUUUGUAAUAGCUACCUCCAGUUUCCCACCUCUAUUGCCACACACAUCUGUUAAAUUUCCUACCCUCUGUACAUCUCCCAAUCUCCUCCCGCACCAGAUCCUGCCCUUCCGUCCUCUCUCCCUCCUAGGUCCCUCCUUCCUUUAUCCCUCCUGUGAUUUUCUGUUACUCCUUUGAAGUAGGUCUUAAACAUCCAUGGUUUGGGCAAAGGCAUUCAUGGUUUGGUCUUCCUGUCUGGCUUCAUGUGGUCUGUGAGUUUUAUCAUGGGUACAUAAACCUUUUGUUCUAAUAUCUACUCUUCCGUGAGUUCAUACCUUGUGUGUUCUUGUGUGAAUGGUUACCUCACUCGGGAUGAUAUUUUCUCAUUCCAUUCAUUUGCCUUCUAAGCUCAUCACGUCCUCAUUCUUAAUAACUGAGUCAUAUUCCAUUGUGUAAAUGUACCAUAUUUUCUUUACCUAUUCUACAUCAGAGGAACACCUAGAUUGUUUAUAGAUUCUGCCUAUUAUAAAUAAGUCUGCUAUGAACAUAGUGGAACAUUUACCUUUGACCAGUGUUUAGUCAUACGCCCAGGAGUGGUAUAGCUGAGUCCUCAGGUAAAAUUAUAUCCACUUUUCCGAGGAACGACCAUACUUUUCCAGAGUGGUUGUAGCAGCUUGCAAUUGUACCAGCAACAGAGGAGUGUUCCCCUUUGUCCACAUUGCAGCGAUCAUAUGCUGUCACCCGAGUUUUUGAUCCUAGCCAUUCUGACUCCUAUGAGGUGGAAUCUAAAGUUUGUUAAUUUGUGUUUCCCUGUUGACUAAGGAUGUGAACAUGUCUAUAGGUGCUUCUCAGCUAUUCCAGAUCUCUCAGUUGAGAAUUCCUUAUUUAGCUUUGUACCCCAUUUUUUUUAAAUAAGGUUAUCUGAUUCUCUGUAGUCUAAUUUUCUAAAUUCUUUGUAUUUAUUGGAUAUUAACUCUCUAUCAGAUAUAGGCUUGGUAGAGAUCUUUCCCAGUCUAUAGGUUGCUGUUUUGUCUUAUUAACUAUCCUCUGUCUUACAGAAAAUGUUCAAUUGUAUGAGGUCCCAUUUGUCAAUAGUUGAUCUUAGAGCCUGAGCCAUUGGUAUCCUGUUCAGCAAAUUUCCUCAAUUGCUGGUGUAUUUGAGGAUUUUUCCCACUUCUCUUCUAUCAGAUUUUAUGUAUCUCUUCUUAUGUGGAAGUUCUAGAUGCAUUUGCAAUUGAGCUUUGUGUAAGAAAAAAAAGAAUGGAUCAAUUUGCAUUAUUCUAAAUGGAGACUGCCACUUGAACCAGUACCAUUUGUUGAAUAUCUUGUUUGUUUUCCACUGGAUGGUUUUGGCAUCUUAGUUAAAGAUCACAUGACUGUAGGUGUAUGGCUUUAUUUCUGCUUCUUCAAUUCUAGCUCAUUAAUCUACCUGCAUGUGUCUUUACCAAUACCAUACUUUUCCUUUUUACUACUGUUGCUCUGUAGUAGGGCUUGAGGUGAGGAAUGGUGAUUACCUCUGAAAUCCUUAUAUUUUCAAGAAUAAUUUUCGCUAUGCUGGGUUUUUUGUUAUUACAGAUGAAUUUGAGAAUUGUUCUUUCCCUCUAAAAAAUUGCAUUGGAAUUUUAAUGGGUAUUGCAUUGAGCCCGUACACUGCUUUUGAUAAGAUGGCCAUUUUUCCUCUGUUAAUCCUGCUGAUCCCUGAGCCUGAGAUUUCUUUCCAUUUUCUGCAGUCUUGUAAUUCUUUAUUCAGAAAUUUGAAAUUCUUGUCAAAUAGAUCUUUCACUUAUAGGUUAGGGUCACACAAACAUAUUUAUGAAUGUUUGUGACUAUUUUGAAGGGUGUCAUUUCUCCAAUUUCUUUCCCACCCUUCUUUCUUUUGAGUAGAGGGAUGCUACUAAUUUUUUGAAGUUAAUUUCACACCCAGAUAUUUUGCUUAAGUUAUUUAUCAGUUCUAGGAGUUCUCUGAUUGAUUAUUUGUGGUCACAAGGUAUACUUCCAUAUCAAUCGCAAAUAGUGUUAUUUUGACUUCUGCCUUUCUAAUUUGUGUCCCUUUGAUCUCUUUAUUCUAAUUAUUCUGGCUAGAACUUUGAGUACUGUGUUGAAUAGAUAGGGGAAAGUGGGCAUCCUUAUUUAUUUCUUGAUUUUAGUAGGAUUGUUUCAUUAUUUCCCUCCAUUUAGUUUGAUAUUGGCUAUUGGUUUAGUGUUUAUUGCUUUAAUUAUAUUUUGAUAUACACAUUGAAUUCCUGAUCUUUCCAAUGUUUUUAACAUGAAGGAGUGCUUUGUCAAAGGCCUCUUGAACACCCACUGAGUUGAUCAUGUGUUCUUUUUCUUUGAGUUUGUUUAUAUAGUGGAUUAUGCUAGUGGUUUCUGGUAUAUUGAACCAACUGUGCUUCCCUGGGAAGAAGCCUACUUGAUCAUGGCAAAUGAUGAUUUUUGAUUUACUUUUGGAUUCGAUUUGAAUCUUUUUCACUGAUAUUAAUUGGGGAAAUUAGUCUGAUGUUAGCUUUCUUUUUUGUUUCUUCUGGUGGUUUAGGUAUGAGCAUAACUGUGCCUUCAUAGAAUGAAUUAGGUAGUGUUACUUGUGAUUCUAUUUGUUGACUAUUUUGAAGUGCAUUGGUAUUAGUUAAAUUUGCAGGUCUUAUGUCCAUCUGGUCCUUGGUUAUUUUUGUGGGGAGUCUUUUAAUGACUUAUUCUAUUUUUUAGAGGUUAUGUGGCUGUUUAUAUAGUUUAUCUGAUCCUGAUUCCUCUUUUACCUGGCAUCUGUCUAGAAAGUCAUCCAUUACAUCUAGGUUUUUCAGUUUUGUAGAGUAUAGGCUUGUGUUGUAGGAUCUCAUAAUUUUUUGAGUUUCUUCAGUUUUUAUUUUUAUGUCUGUAUUUUCAGUUCUUAUUUUAAUUUGUAUACUGCCUCUGUGUCCUCUGGUUAGUCUGGCUAAGGGUAUAUCCAUCUUGUUAUUUUUCUCAAAGAAGCAUCUCUUGGUUUUGUUGAUUUUGGAUAGUUUCCUUUGUUUCUUCUCAGUUAAUAUUUUCCCUGAAUUUGAUUAUUUCCUACAGGCUAUUCCUCUUAGGUGUAUUUGCGUCUCUCUGUUCUAGAAUUAUCAGAUACACUGUUAUGCUGCUAGUGUAUGAUCUCACCAAUUUCUUUAUUGAGGCACUCAGAUCUCUGAAUUUUUCUGUUAGCAGUGCUUUCAUGAUGUCCUAUAAGUUUGGGUAUAUUGUUUUUUCAUUUUCAUGAAAUUCUAAAAAUCCUCAAUUUUCUUACAUUUUUCCCUGACCACUUUAGUAGAGAAUCAUUCAGCUUCCAUAUGUCUGUGGGCUGUUUGCUUUUAUUGAAGACCAUCCUUAGUCAGUGGUGAUGUGAUAGAAUAUAUGGAAUCAUUUCAGUUGUUUUGUAUCGAUUUAGGCUUGUUUUAUGUCUGAUUAUAUGGUCAAUUUUAGUAAAGGUACUGUGAAUUGCUGAGAAAAAGGUAUAUUAUUUUGUUUUAGGAUAAAAUACUCUAUAAUAUCUGUUAAAUCUACAUGAUUCAUAAGCUUUGUUAUGUUCACUAUCUCUGUUUAGUUUCUGUUUCCAUGAUCUGUCCAUUGGUGAGAGUGGAUGUUGUAGUCUCCUAGUAUUAUUGUGUGAGGAUCAAUGUGUGCUUUACGCUUCAGUAUCAUUUCUUUUAUCAAUGUGCCCUUUCUGAUCAUAUAUGUUCAGAAACGACAGUUCAUCUAGGAUUUUUAUUUUCUUUGAUGAGUGUGAAGUGUCCCUCCUCAUAUUUUUUGAUAACUUUUGGAUGAAAGUCAGUUUUAUUUGAUAUUAGCGUUGCUACUCUAGCUUGUUUCAUGAGACUAUUUGCUUCGAAUUUUUCCCCAUUUUGUUUCUUCUUUUCUUUGGCAGGAAGAAUGGUUCACCUGUUCUCUUUCCUCUAACCUGAAAUGAUGUUAUACAUACAGAAAAACUGAAGGGUUUUGACCAUGUUUAUUUCUUUCCAAUAUUUUUCUCUUUAAGUAUGGUUUCUUAACCUUCAAGGAUGUGGCUCCAGAGUUCACACUAGAGGAAUGGGAAAGUCUCAGUUUUGCUCAGCGGGCACUGUACAUGGAUGUAAUUUUGGAGACUUACUACAAUCUAUUGUCUUUGGAAAAUUAUGUGAUAUGUGAAAAACAUGGUAAGGUAUUGGAUAGAGACACAGAGUGCGUUGUCGAUGAGCAUGUGAAUAUCCAAGAGAAGUUUUGUAAAUGGGAAGAAAUUAGCAAAGUGACUCUUGAAUCCACCCAAAGUACACCUUAUAAAACUAAUCUCCGAGAUCCCACCCUUAAAGCUGGAAAAACCAGAGAAGUUUACAAAUAUAAAGACUGUGUACAGUUUUCAAAUGAAUGUGCUAUCGCUGGUGUAAAUUCCAGAAUUCACAUAGAGAACAAAGAGCACAAUAAAGAAUUUGAUAAGGAUUUUGUCCAUGAAGAUAAACUGACACUGAAACAAAACAUUAAUGGUAAGAACCUUCACCAAUGUAGUGAAUGUGAGAAAUGCUUUACCAAAACAAGGGAUCUUCAUUUGCAUCAGAGAAUUCACACAGGAAAGAAACGUUACAAAUGUAGUCAAUGUGACAAAUCCUUUGCCCGAGAAUCCUAUCUUAGGCAUCAUCAGAGAAUUCAUACCGGAGAGAAACCUUACAAAUGCAGUGAAUGUGACAAAUGCUUUACUGAAAAAGGCACUCUCAGAACCCAUAUGAGAAUUCAUACCGGAGAGAAACCUUACAAAUGCAGUGAAUGUGACAAAUGCUUUACUGAAAAAGGCACUCUGAAAAGACAUAUGAGAAUUCAUACAGGAGAGAAACCUUACAAAUGCAGUGAAUGUGACAAAUGCUUUCGCCUACAAUUCCAUCUUAACAUUCAUCAGAGAAUUCAUACUGGAGAGAAACCUUACAAAUGCAGUGAAUGUGAAAAAUACUUUACUUACAAAUGUAAUUUUAGGAUUCAUCAGAGAAUUCACACAGGAGAGAAACCUUACAAAUGCAGUGAAUGUGACAAAUUCUUUACUGAAAAAGGUACUCUGAGAUUUCAUCAGAGAAUACAUACAGGAGAGAAACCUUACAAAUGUGGUGAAUGUGACAAAUGCUUUGGCCACAAAUCCCAUCUUAGUAUUCAUCAGAGAAUUCAUACAGGAGAGAAACCUUUCAAAUGCAGUCAAUGUGACAAAUGCUUUACUGAAAAAGGCACUCUGAGAAGCCAUAUGAGAAUUCAUACCGGAGAGAAACCUUAUAAAUGCAGUGAAUGUGACAAAUGUUUUCGCCUACAAUGCCAUCGUAGUAUUCACCAGAGAGUACAUACAGGAGAUAAACGUUACAAAUGCAAUGAAUGUGACAAAUGCUUUGGCUACAAAAGUAGUCUGAGAAUUCAUCAGAGAAUUCAUACUUGAAAGAAACAAAGAUAAACAGAACCGAAAGCUGAUGCUUUGAGAAAAUCAACAAGAUAGAUAAACACUUAGCCAGAAUAAUCACAGGGCAUAGAGACUGUGGCCAAAUUAACAAAUAUCA